AAACACAUUUCAACGCCUACACGAUCCAUCCACCGAACCCGUCCAUACCGAUUCUCCCUCCGUCCACCUCCUUCGCAACCGAGUCGACCUCGACAUAUUCCUACAGAGGCUUAGUGUUUGAUUAAUCUGAUCUCCCGUAACCACCACUCCGAGUCGCGCCCGCAGCCAGCACCUUGCGCGACGUUGACCGCGCGACGCCACGAUGGAUAUCGACGACCAUGACUUCUACGCUCCGGAAGAGCCCACAGUUCCGGCAGACCCUGUAGGCGAUUACAACGACCGCGGCAGUGCCUUUUCAGGGUCACAAGCCCCUCCGCAGCAACAGAACCAGCAGCAGCAGCAACAACACGACGACGGGGAUCUCGAAGAAGGCGAGGAAGAAGACGAAGGCGCCGACAUGGACGAGGACGAUUCGGACAUAGACAUCAUCACAGAGCGGAAAGACGGCUCGAAACCCCCUCCCCCCACCCAGUCGCGAUACAGCGACAUACGGAACAUACCUCAGAGAUCGGCGUCGACCGAUGUUGCCACCAAGUCGGCCGUUAAGAAGGAGGAUGCGCCGGCGAAAGGCACGUCAGGCGCCGACCUGGCUGCCGUCUCGACGUCCACCGUAGACGUGAACGCGAUACCGAUCUACAAGCCUGCAGGAAAGCCGAUCACGCAAGUCAACAUCGACGAAGACCUUCCGGAGAACGACAAGCCGUGGAGGAAGCCGGGCACGGACCUGAGCGACUACUUCAACUACGGGUUCGACGAGUUCACGUGGGCGCUGUACGCGGCGAAGCAGGAGAGCGUGCGCGGGGAGUACAGCCAGGACACGAUCAGCCAGAACAGCCGCAAGAUGAUGGAGGAGAUGCAGAUGAUGAUGAUGGGCGGCAUGCCCGGCGCCGGCGGCUCCAUGGCCCCGACCCUGCCCGGCAUGGACGGCAUGCCCCCCGAGAUGCAGGCCAUGAUGCAGCACAUGAUGGCGUCCGGGCUCGACCCCAGCCAGAUGGACGCCUCCGCGCUGACGGCCAUGUUCUCCGGCAUGCAGAGCGCGGGCGGCGCCGGCGCCGCCGGCGUCCAGGGCCAGAGCUUCGGCGGGUCCGGCCAAGGGUUCAGCGGCGCCCAGGCCCAGAACUUCGGCUACGACCAGGGGAUGGCCCGGGGCGGAGGGGGCGGCGGCGGCGGUUUUGGUAGUGGUGGUGGCAGUGGCGGCGGCGGCGGCGGCGGCGGUGGUAGUCGUGGCCGUGGCGGGCGGAGGAACUGGUGAUCCUGGUCGGGAGC